AUGGACCCAGGACCCAGCACCAGCGCCCAGUAUUCCAGGACCCAGGAGGCCAAAGGGCGGCCCAACAGGCUCCCUAAAGGAGCCAAUGGCCAUGAAGCUGCCAAGGAUGCUGGUCCGAUCGAGAAAAACGCUGCACAGGAGAUGCCAAACAGCAGAUCUUCAUCCCUCGCCCAAAAUAACAUCGUGGGCUGCAGAAUUUCUCACCACUGGAAGGAAGAUAAUGGGCGCAUCACCCAUUGGAAGGGAAUUGUUCUGGAUCAGAUUGCUAUAAAACCCUCUCUCUAUUUGGUGAAAUAUGAUGGUAUCGACUGUGUGUAUGGAUUGGAACUUCAUAGAGAUGAGAGGAUAUUGUUCCUUAAAGUUCUGUCUGACCAGGUAGACACAUCCCAUGGCCCUGACCCUAUCCUUGCAGAUACCAUCAUAGGCAAAGCAGUAGAACACCUCUUUGAGGGAGAACAUGGCUGUAAGGAUGAAUGGAGGGGGAUGGUCCUGGCUCAAGCACCAGUCUUAAAGGCCUGGUUCUAUAUCACCUAUGAAAAAGAUCCAAUCCUAUAUAUGUACCAGCUUCUGGAUGAUUUUAAAGAGGGUGACCUCCGUAUCAUUCCACACUUGGAUGAGGCUCCUCCACCAGACUUGGAUCUGGAACUUAUGGAUGGUCUCAUAGGAAAACAUGUGGAAUACGCCAAAGAUGAUGGCUCCAAAAGAGUUGGCAUGGUGAUUCACCAAGUUGAAGCCAAGCCCUCUGUAUAUUUUAUCAAAUUUGAGGAUGACUUCCAUAUCUAUGUCUAUGACCUGGUGAAAAAGAUAUGAUUGAUUGGUAAAGUCAUGCCACAACUGUUGAAAUAAAGUUGU